GCGAUCAGCUUUCCGGCAAUACCCGGAUGGAAGGGUAAUGGCCGCCAUCAGAGACUCGCAGGCAAUGGGGACUAUGACAGAUACCGUCUCUUCCUUUGAUACGGUUCCUGAUUGUGACACUGUCCAAGCAUUAAAUUGUGUGCCUUUUAUUCCUUGAAGAAAGCCACUACUAGUAACCCUCUACUCUUCCUGGCCUCUGGACCCAGCUUGAAGCUCUGGAUUCAGUCCUUUCCUUCUCAUAUCUCAGCCUGAGCUUCUUGUCAUCGAAAGGGCCCCACCCUAAUCUUCUGCUCCAGCCUCACUUUGACUUCCAAGGCUCAGUUGGAUUUUGAACACCUGGAACUAAACGAGUACUACUGAUCCAGUGUGUGUGCAGAUAAAGAAACUAAGAUACAGAGACUUGUCUAAAGUGACACAAGUGAGUUAAUGUGGGAAAAUUCCUGGUUAUUUUGAAGAUGUCUCAGCACAGUAUUGUUUCCUGUUUAAAUUAAAAAAUAACCUCAAGAGUUUUCAGAACAAAAGAAGCUGGGAAUUUUUUUAAUUACAUCAUGCCAUUUGAACAGAAACAGUUAUUUUGUGAUAAAAAGCAAACUACUUUAAAGAAAGACUAUGAUGUGAAAAAUGAGAUAGCUGAUACUAUUAGAUCAGUACCUAAACCAAAAAUUUUAGAAACUAGUUUUCAUUAUGGACUAAAAAAUGUGAAAAUUGAUUUGCCGAAGAUAAAUAUUCCAAAUGAAGUCCUAAUGAAACAUGAAGUUGACAAAUACAGAAAAUUAUUUCAGUGUAAACCACAGACUGCAAGGAAAUCUAUUCGUGUAAAGACUGUAAGCUGUGUAGAGGAAUGUGUAUUGCUUUGUAAGUCUGAGAGAGCAGAAGAAGAGGGGAUAAAAAUGUCUGCAAAAAUACUCAAUUUCAGCUGUUCAAAAUGCCAAGACAACACUCAGUAUAGCCCAAAUGAUUUACAAAAACACUUUCAGAUGUGGCACCAGGGUGAAUUACCUUCAUUUCCUUGUGAAAUGUGCAGUUUUUCAGCAAAUGACUUCCAGGUAUUUAAGCAACACCGACAAACCCAUAGAAGCACUUUAGUAAAAUGCGACAUUUGUAACAAUGAGCGUGUAUAUACUUUGUUGGGCUUGACAAAGCAUUUCACAUCCAAACAUUGUGUUAAUGGUAAUUUUCAAUGUGAAGAGUGCAAAUUCUUUACCCAGGAUGUUGGCACAUUUGUUCAGCACAUUCAUAGACAUAACGAAAUUCAUUAUAAAUGUGGUAAGUGCCAUCAUGUAUGUUUUACCAAAGCAGAGCUUCAGAAACACCUUCAUGUUCAUUCUGGCACUCUUCCCUUUACUUGUCAAUACUGUAGCUAUGGUGCCAUACAUAAAGACCAUCUUGUAAGACAUGUUAUAACUUUGCACAAAGAACACUUAUAUGCAAAAGAAAAACUGGAAAAAGACAAAUACGAUACAAGGAUGGCAAAGACUACAGCAGGGCUUAAGUUAAUAUUGAAAAGAUACAGAAUAGGUGCAUCAAAGACAUUCUGGAAACGUAAGAAAAUUAACAAUGGGAGUGACGGAGGUAUAGAAGAAAAAAGCACUCAAGUGCUUAAUAGAAUGAACAAGACACAAAAGACUCAAUCUGAAGAACAGAGCCUUCUUGGUCAAGAGCACUUAAAUGAAGAAAAGGGUGAAAGACUACAUUGUGAGAAUAGUGAUAAGCCUGGAGAGUCAGAGUCAGAAAAGCCAACUCUUCUUUCCACUGAGCAAGGUAAUAGAGCUGACGAAGGAUCAAAUGCUACUUCAGGUUUCUUGAAGACUGCUCUACAAGGACCUACAGUGUUAUUGGUAAAAAAUAGCAGAAUAACUAUUCCUGCAAACUAUGGUGCUAGGUUCAUGGGCUUCAAGAUGGUGGAUGGGAAACAGCAUAUUGUAAUAAAAUUGUUGCCUAUUGGUAAGCCAAAUUUAAACUCACCAGCCUCACAGUCAGAUGCUGCAAAGGACAGUGUUGCUAAUUUGCAGCCCCAGACUUUGGACACCACUGCAUUUUUAACUGGAAUAACAUCUGAGUUAAGUGAUACAGCUUAUAUGAAAGUAACUCCAUUUUUAUGUUCAUCUUCUAUACUUUCAGGGAAAAUAAUUUCCGAAAAAGAAAUGGCUUUGAUAUCUGAAAAGAAUAAUACACUUCAAACAAUGGAUUACAGCAAAAAUGUAUCAUCUUUGCCAACAACAUCAGAAUUGUUUGACCACAAUUUGACCACUGCAUCAGUGAGUUUGACCCCAAAAGUUGAAGCAAGAGAUAAUGUUGACUUAUGGGAAAAUAAUACCACUCAGAGUCAGCCACAAGUAUUAGGUACCACCAUUAAAAGUCCAGAGAAAGUCAGCAAUACUACCAGACCAAAUACAUACAGUAGUGGAGAUAUGCAUAACUAUUGCAUUAAUUACGUCAACUCUGAGUUACCUGUUGAAUCCUCCAACCAGGGAUCAUUACCUUUCCAUAAUUACUCAAAAGUAAAUAACGCUAAUAAACGUCGUAGGUUUUCAGGAACAGCAAUAUGUGAGAACCUUCAGAGAGAAUCAUUAUUAAACAGAACAGUUGUUCAGCAACCAAUUAGUGAAACAGUUUUAUCACCAGUAAGAAAAGAGAGCUCAAACCCAGACAGCCUUUUACCAUCUGGCAGCCUUUUAAAUGAUAAAGAUGAAACUUUAAAAACAAAAGCUGAAUUUGAAGAACAAUGUGUUGUAGAAAAAGGACAGAACAUUGAUGGACAAAGCCUAUACACCAAUGAAAACCAAAAUUUAGAGAGCAUGACUGAAAAAUGUAGUUGGAAUGACACUGCUAGUGUUGAUUCACCUAUGAUGCCUAGAAUCACAUCUGUUUUCUCUCUCCAGAGUCAACAGGCAUCAGAAUUUUUGCCACCGGAAGUAAACCAAUUACUUCAGGAUAUACUAAAACCAAAAUCUGAUAUAAAACAAGACUCUAACUUUCCAAAUAAAAGCUUGCCACUUCAUUGUGAGCCAUCACUUCAAAAACACGAGGGAGAGGACAUGAUAAUUGAGUCUUCAAAAGACUUGAAAGUGCAAGGCAUCUUCUCAGUUCCAUCUGAUAAUGUGGGUGUUAGCGUGCCUACAAAUGACAUGAAUUUAAAAUGUAAUGGAAAGGAAAAACAAGUGCUAUCAGUGUUGCAAGAUCUGAGAGAUUCAGAGAAGACACCUAAAAUUCCAGGUAUUGGCACAUUACUUAAGACUCAGUCAGAUGCAAUAAUAACACAGCAGCUUGUAAAAGACAAACUACGAGCCACUACACAGAAUUCAGGUUCUUUAUAUGUGCAGAGUCCACUUACAAACUCAGAACAAAAAAACCCUGUAUUUGUUCAAACUCCAAAGGGUUUCUUUAUACCAUUGCAUGUUGCUAACAAGCCUGGAUUCCAUGUUGUUUCAGGAAGACCACUUCCACUGGUUAAUACACAAGGCAUACCUGCUCCUCUUAUUUUAAACAAGAAACCUGGGAUGAUUUUGACAUUUAAUAGUGGGAAACCUGAAACUGUUUCCACUGUCAAAGCUGAGAGUGCUCAAGCUUAUGGAACUCUGACAAGGGAGCCUUGCAAAAAUCCCCUUUUGAAGGUAGAACAGAACAAUAAUUGUCUUACACCUGUGCUUUGUUCCAGCAUUGGCAGUUGUUUAAGCAUGAAAAGUAGCUCAGAAAAUACGUUACCAUUAAAAGGCUCUUAUGUUAUUAAAACAUCAGCAAGUUCUUCAGUGAAAACUGUUCCUACUUCUAAUGUGCUAUCUGAGCAACAGGGCACAAAAUUGAGUGUAUUGGAUUCAGUGAAACAGCAGAAUGAAAUUUUUCCAAAAGCACCUCUUUAUACCCUCUUGCCUGAUGGUAAACAAGCUGUUUUUCUAAGACGUGUAAUGCCAAAUAACUCUGAGCUCCUUAAACCUAAGUUAGUCCAAAAUAGUACUUAUUACCAAAAUAUACAGCCAAAGAGACCUGAAGGAACAUCACAAAAAAUAUUGGUAAAAAUUUUUAACCCUGUUUUAAAUGUGACUGCUGCUAAUAAUCUGUCAGUUAGCAACUCUGCAUCCUCAUUGCAGAAAGAGAAUGUACCAUCUAAUCAGACUAUAGGCGGAGAGCAGAAAGAGCCAGAGUCAUCUAGAGAUGCCUUACCCUUCUUGCUAGAUGAUUUGAUGCCAGCAAAUGAAAUUGUUGUUACUUCUACUGCAACAUGCCCAGAAUCUUCUGAGGAACCAGUGUGUAUCAGUGACCAUUCAGAGGCCAGAAUAUUAAAGUGUAAAACAAAUUGUACAAUUGAGAGAAAUUUCAAUAGGAGAAAGACUUCCAAAAACAAAUUUUCAAAGAUAAAAACUCGUGUAAGAAAUGAAGAUUCUGAAGCUGCUUUUGUAUCUAGAAACAGAAGCUGUAAACGAAAGUGUAUGGAUAGUUGCCAAGAACCUCCAAGAAAGAAAUCAACAUUGCAUAGAAAGUGUAAAGAAAAGGCUAAAGCUGAAGAUGUCCGUGAAGCGUUUGGGCUUAGCAGACCUAGGCUUUCAAAAGAUUCUGUCAGAACUUUGAGGCUUUUCCCUUUUAGUUCCAAACAGCUUGUGAAAUGUCCUAGGAGAAACCAACCAGUUGUGGUUUUGAAUCAUCCUGAUGCAGAUGCCCCAGAAGUAGUGAGUGUAAUGAAAACUAUUGCAAAAUUUAAUGGACGAGUACUUAAGGUUUCACUGUCAAAAAGAACUAUCAGUGCUUUGCUGAAACCAGUUUGUUAUCUUUCUGAAACAACAACUUUGGAUGAUUAUUCCAAGAGGCACAAAACAUUUAAACCAGUUAAUUCUGUGAAAGAAAGAUUUGUGCUAAAAUUAACACUCAAAAAGACAAGCAAAAACAACUAUCAGAUUGUGAAAACUACCUCUGAAAAUGUUUUGAAAGCUAAGUUUAAUUGUUGGUUUUGUGGUAGAGUAUUUGACAAUCAGGAUGUGUGGGCUGGUCAUGGGCAGAGACAUUUGAUGGAAGCUACGCGGGAUUGGAAUAUGUUAGAAAAACUUACUGAAGUUACUGAGGAAAAGUAAAGUAAAACUACCUUAGAAGAAAACAGUGAAGUGAAUUACCAUAAUGCAGACAUUUUCUACUUCAGAUAGUUCCUGAAAUCAGACAUUUUAAAUGUUGGUUUUAUUUCCGUGGAAGACCAAAAGCUUUACGUGUGGUACUUGAAAAUGCCAUCACUGUACACAUAAGUUUUGAAAGAAACAAAAAUAUAUAUGUAACCUUGAUUGAAUUUUUUAAAGGUGUUUGUGGGAAGUUAGGGUUAAAGAAAAUUUGAUAUAACAGUUUUCUCAAUUUAAUUCUUUAGAGACUCUUUAAUAGAGGGUAAUGGUGGACAGCCCCAUUCCCUCCUUCUUCUACCAGCCUUAUGAAUCUGAUACAGUAGCUCCUCUGAAGAUGCAGAACUCUUUCACUUUGGAACUAAUGAGUUUCUCAUGACUUGAGAAGAUACACUGAGAGCUUGGGUAAAGAAGUUAACUCUACAUCUGCUAUGUUCAUUUGAAGGGUUUUAGGAUUCUUGGAAACUACAUUUAACUUCACUACAGUUAAACCGUAAAUAAUGUUUGAAGAGUUUGGGCAAGUAAACCUUGUUUGUUGUUAAGUUCUGUCCAGUGUCAGAGAUUGGAACAUCCUCCCAAGGUAAUUUUCUUUUACUUAGUGGCUAUCAAGCGUUGCAGCAAAUGGGUAGCCUCGAGAAGAAUUAAACUUUGUCUAGUUUAAGUCUAAUUAAACUUCAACAUUUUUCUGAAUUUGGAUAUAUUCUUCAUUGAUCCCCUUGCACAGAACUAUGGUAUCUGAUUUAAAUUGUCCUCCAUAAACCAAAUGGCCAUUUUUUUCUUGGUUGCCAUCCCUUUAAAAAGAGUGGAACAUAAAAGCACUUCAAAGGCAAUGGCUUUUCUUGAAAAUUAAAAAAAAAAAUUACAGAGGUAAUAUUUUGAAGCAAGAUUAAUAAAACAUUUUUAUUUGUAUUACUAUUAUUAACAUGUUCAAAAUUAGGGCAAGCCAUUUUUGUUAGCCACUUUUCAGAGUGACUGACAAGUAUAUAUUGAUAUAGCUGGUGUUUGAAAAUGGGAAAGCAUUAAUAGUGAACUCAGUGGCAGUUGAUAAAACUUUUGGACAGAUUCCUAAGGGAUAUGCCCAACAGAGUUUCAAAAUGGACACUUUCAGGAUAACAGAAUCAAUAGAUUUAAACUUUUCAUCUUACAAAUCUGGAUCAAAUUUUGUUGUAUCAUUGGAUAAUGGAGUUUUUGUAUUACAAAAUUACGUAUUACAUAAUUUUUGUUUCAUUGUUACUAUGAGUGUUAAAUGACAUUUUCAUUGAUUGCGUGAAAACUUCAGGGCUUUUCUGUA